AUGUUGAUCCUAUUUUUGAUUUUCCCCAAUUUUUCGCAAGCCGCUCUCGUUAAUUUCAACUUCAAUUUAUCAUGUGCACUCAAUAAUAGCACUUGGUGUUUUUUGGCCCUUUUUCUAGAAUACGACGCUGGAAUUUUCGGCUACUCCAACUACGAUUAUGUGCUCUUCUCAAGCCGAGUUUGCUUCACCUACAGUAAUCCGAAACCCAUCAAAGAACAACGAGAAGCCGAAUUAAUUGAUGGAUUUGGUCUACCUUUUACACAUUAUGAAGUGGUUUUGGGAAUACGUCAUAAUUGCACGGAAAAUGGAACAGUUUAUGAUUAUAUGGCUUAUGAAGAUGAUGUUAGAAUUGAGACAGACGAAUUUGAUGUUAAGGCUGGAGACGAUUUAACAGAACUCGGGAAGGCAUUUGAGGAGAAUCCGGAGGUGGCUUGGUCGAGAUCGAAAUUUGAAGGUAUACAAAUUGAGGGUUUUGAGAAUCGUAGCAUUUAUUUUAAUACUCUCAUGAUAAAUAAAUCGAAAUUGUGAAAGGAUAAUAAAUAUACCCUAAUAUGAGCAAUAUUUUCGAAAUUCAGAUCUGAAAUUUCCAGCUGAAAAUGCCACGUGGGAUUAUAUUACAGAUUAAAUUUUUGAAAAUUUUUACUCGUAGAAUUAUUGAUUAAUAUGAGCAAUUUAGGAUUUUCUGGGAUUUUUAGAAAAUGCAUGUUAUUUUCGACUAAUAUGAGCAAUCUUUUUGAAAUUAAGAUCUGAAAUUUCCAGCUGAAAAUGCGACGUGGAAAUAUAUUACAGAUUUAAUUUUUUAAAACUUUUUACUCGUAGAAUUAUGGAUUAAUAUGAGCAAUUUAGGAUUUUCUUGGAUUUUUAGAAAUUUCGUGUUAUUAUGAGCAAUGCCACGUGGAUUCUCGAUUUUUCUGAAAUGUUUGCCACGUGGAACUUUGGAUUAAUAUGAGCAAUGGAUAAUUUUAGAUCGAAAAAAAAUUAAUUUCACGUUCAAAUUUGGGAUUUUUGGAGCAAAGACUUUUUAUAAUAACUUUUUGGAUUUUUUUUUCGAAAGCUUGAAAUUCUGACCUUUUUUCAGUUGAAAAAUCCACGCGGCAAACAUUUUUAGAGAUUUUUAGAUUCAUUCAGAGAUUUUUAGGCCACCCCUUAUCAUCCCUUAUAAAAUUUAAUUCGAUUUAGGCAAUUUAGGACUAAUAUGAGCAAUGAAUCUGAAAUUCAGAUUGUUUCAGUUGAAAAAUCCACGUGGCAAACAUUUCCAGAGAUUUCCGGAUUUUAGAAUCAUCCCUAGCCCAGAAAUUCACGUGGCAACGCAUUUUCGAUCCCAAAAGUACUGUAGCUUCCUGAAAAAUUGGAUUUUUGAACUUUUUAUCAUUGCUAGAAAAAAUCCUCCAGGAAGAAUUUUUUGAUUGAAAACGCCUCCACAAAAAUUUCAGAAUUUUUUGUUACACUUUUUGGAAAAUGUUCCUCCUCCUCCUCUUCCAUUUUUCAUGGUGUUCACAAAAAAUUUUUUUCAUUGAAUUCCGAAAAUAAUAAUAAUAAGAAUAAUAAUCGGUUUAGGCCUAGGCUUCCGAAAAAUUUCACUUUUUCUAGCGCGCGCGCGAAAAAGUUUCAUCUUUUUUGUGUUGUCAUAUGGACUUAACCUAACUUGACCUUUUCAGAUCGGGAAAUUUUUUUUUCAUUUUUAAGCGAUUUAUGUUUCAGGGAAUGCCGAAAUUUCUACGAAUUUUAGCAAUUUCGGGGAUUUUUUGGAGUUGCGGUAAGUUAGUUCAUAGUUUUUAAUUACACCUGGGUAAUUAAAUUGGAUUGACCUAAUUUAGAAUUUGAGGUUUUGCCACGUGGAUUCUGGGGCUGAAAUUUUAAUUUGACACGUGGAUUCUGGGGCUGAAAAAAGUUCGGAUUUCGAAAAAAAUUCAAAUUCUCAACUCCAGAAGAAUUUUGCAACUAGAAAUCUGAAAUUUAAUUUCUAACAUAAAAUCCACGUGGCAAUCGAGGCUGACUUAACUAAACUCUAGUUAUCAUUAAGCCUAAGCCUAACCUGAAUUCUAGGCCUAACCUAAGCCUAACCUAAAUAUUCUAGGCUUAACCUAAAUAUACUAGGCCUAAGCUAAGCCUAACCUAAGACUAACCUGAAUUCUAGGCUUCACCUAAAUAUUCUAGGUCUAACCUAAAUAUACUAGGUCUAAGCUAAGCCUAACCUAAGACUAACCUGAAUUCUAGGCUUCACCUAAAUAUUCUAGGUCUAACCUAAAUAUACUAGGCCUAAGCUAAGCCUAACCUAAGACUAACCUGAAUUCUAGGCUUCACCUAAAUAUUCUAGGCUUAACCUAAAUAUACUAGGCCUAAGCUAAGCCUAACCUAAGACUAACCUGAAUUCUAGGCUUCACCUAAAUAUUCUAGGUCUAACCUAAAUAUACUAGGUCUAACCUAAGCCUAAGCCUAAGCCUAACCUAAAUAUACUAGGUCUAACCUAAGCCUAACCUAAGCCUAUCCUCCCAUUUUCCAGUCCUCGCGCAAGUCGCCCAACCAACCGGCUCCACUUGCACCAACUCCCACAUCCACUGUCAAUUCUGGUCGCAAAACGGCGAAUGCGAGAGCAACGCGCCGUGGAUGCGGCAAAAUUGCCAAAAAGCGUGCGGCACUUGCGCCUCCCCUACCGCAACAACACCCGCAUUCCUGCCCAGCCGCAACCCGUCCGCAAGUAUUCCGCAAGGCUGUAAUUCCGUGAUGACGACGGAAGCGAUAACCCGCUUGGUGUUCGCGCAUGGUUUGGUCAAGAAGCGAUUCCAGGAAAUCGGAUGUGCUGAGGAGCAGCGAGCACCGCAAUGCGAGAUCAAUUCGUGUUAUCAUAAGAAAUAUCGAUCGGCUGAUGGGACUUGUAAUAACUUGGCACAGCCUGUGAAUGGAGCUGCGUUUACACGGUAUUUGAGAAUGUUGCCGGCGGUUUAUGAUGAUGGAUUUAAUAGUGUUGUUUGUGAGUUGCGAAAAAAAAAACGUCAGACGACUAGAGAAGGUUAGAGACGCAGAGAAGCUAGAGUUGAGAGAGUUAGAGACGCAGAGAAGCUAAACAGCUAGACUUCAAAAGGUUAAGGAACAAGAGAGAGGCUAGACAGCUAGACGCAGAGGAUCUAGAUGUGAUAGUGAAAGAAUAUACAGACAGAGCUUUACAAAGUUAGAGACGCAGAGAAGCAAAACAACUAGAGUUAGGAGGUUAGGAGACAAGUCAAGAGAGGCUAGACAGCUAGAGAAUUAGGGACGUAGAGGAUCUGAGAGUUGCCAAGCGGCUAGAGAAGCAGAGAAGCUAGACAGUUAGAGAACAAUGAUAUGGCUAGAGAGUUAGAGACGCAGAGGAGCUUUUUUCCAGCUAGCAUCAAUAGAAACCGCCCGAAUCCCCGAGAAGUCUCGAUGUUCUUGUUGUCAACUGAUCGAACGAUUCCAACUCACGUCAAUUCGAUUUUCAUGGCUUUUGGGCAGGUAGGAUUUGUCCUUAACGUUCCUAAGGUCCCUAAGGUCCUAACCCUUCUCAUUUUCCAGCUCUUCGCCCAUGACGUCACUCAAAACACGCUCAUCAACAGUUGCACGUGUCAAAUGAGCUCUCCGCAAUGCGCCAACAUUCCCGCACCCUCGCGCGACCCCCUCCGACGCUGUCAUCAAUACACCCGAUCGCACCCGAUCUGCGGAACCGGGCGCCCCGGUCUCCCGCGCGAACAACUCAAUAUGAACACGGCGGCGAUUGACGCCAGCUCGAUUUACGGCUCGGAAUCGAUUACCGCACGGACUUUGCGAUUCGGCGCAAUGUUGCGGUCGACGUUGCGGAAUGGGAAGGUGUUUCCGCCGAUUAGUGGCGGUGGAGUUAGUGCCGGCGAUGAUCGAGCGAAUAUUUUUGUCAGUUUGGCAGCGUUGCACACCUCGUUUUUGAGAUUACACAAUACGUGAGUGGGGGGGGGGGGGGUGGUGUAACCUAAUUGUAAGCCUAACCUAGGCCUAACUUAGGCCUAUUCUGAGGCUAGCCUAAGCCUAACUCUAAGCGUAUCCAUGCGUAAACUAAGGCUAACUUAAGCCUAACCCAAGGCUAGACUAACCUAAGUCUAACCUAAGCCUAUCUUGAGGCCUACCUAAUUGUAAGCCUACCCUAAGCUUGACCUAAGCCUAAGCCAAAAAAAACCCUACCUAAGCCCCUUUUUUGUUUCAACUUGCCACGUGGAUUUUUAGGCUGAAAUGCAACGUGGAAUACUUUGUUCAAUCUGAAAUUCAAGAUUAAAAUUUUCAGCUCGAGCAGAAAUUGGGAUUUGCCACGUGGAAUUUUAGAACUUUUUUAAAUACACGUGGUAACCUAGGCCUAACCUAAGCCUAAACUAGGCCUAACCCAAGCUAACCUAGGCCUAACCUAAAUUCUACCCAAGCUAACCUAGGCCUACCCUAAGCCUAAACUAGGCCUAACCUAAGCUUGACCUAAGCCUAAUAUGAGCCUAACCUAACUUUAGCCUAUCCUAAGCCUAUCCUGAGCCCUACCUAAGCCUACCCCAAGCCUGUCCUAAGCCUAACCUGAGCCUAUCCUAAGCUUGACCUAAGCCUAGCCCAGGCCUAACCUAAGCUUGACCUAAGCCUUUCCUAAGCCUAAUAUGAGCCUAACCUAAUCUAAGCCUCACAUGGGCCUAAGCUAAGCCUAAACUAGGCCUAACCUAAGCUUGACCUAAGCCUAGCUUAACCUCAGACUAAGCCUAACCUAAGCUUGACCUAUGCCUAACCUAAGCCUAACCCAAGCCUAACCAGAAGCCCCUGUCCAACCCAAGGCCCCUCUAAACCUAACCCAAAACUCUCUCCAGCCUCGCCGCCCGUCUCCAAAACAUGAACCGCAACUGGACACCCGAUCGAAUCUUCCAAGAGACGCGCAAGAUCUUGGGAGCCGUCACGCAAGUCAUCACCUUCCAAGAAUUCUUGCCCGAUCUCAUCGGUGACGACUUCAAGAGUCGCGUCGGAAGUUAUGACAGAUAUGAUGCGAAUGCGAAGAUCGGAAUAUUCAACGAGUUUGCUGCGGCUGGCUUCAGAUUGCAUGGGAUGAUUCAGGAGAGAUAUGUGAUGAAGGAUCAAUUUUGGAGGGUUGUCCGGAAUUAUGGAUUCAAUGAUGGUGUGACCAGAAUUGAUAAUGCUCUGAAUGACUUGGAUGGAUUGUAUCGGUGAGUUCGAGACUUCCCACAAGUUCCCCGAACUCCCAAGUUCCAGCGGCCUCAUGGGCAUCGCCACUCGCUCGCCACAACGUCUCACACCCGCCGUCACCGAAUUCCUGUUCGGCGGCUCCACUGAUCUUGCCUCGAUCAAUAUUCAACGUGGACGUGAUCACGGUCUCCAGUCCUACAAUGCCUAUCGCACUUUCUGUGGUCUCGGCGCCAUUUCGAGUUUUGACACGUGGCAAGAGGUCAAGGAACAGGCGGUGCGCGAGAGGGUUAAGCAAUUGUAUCGGACACCGGAGAAUGUGAGUUGUUUAUGGGCAGGCGAGUAGAGUGGAGAGGAGUUGAGAGACGCAGAGACAGGUUAGACAUCUAGAGAAACAUGAGAAAUUAGAGACGCAGAGAAGCUUACCACUAAAGCAUUUUGUUAGAGAGUGUCGGAUGGUGAGAGACAUCAGACGACUAGAGUACAGUAGAGUUAGAGACGCAGAAACACGUUAGACAGCUAGAGAAACAUGAGAAAUUAGAGACGCAGAGACAUGUUAGAUGGCUAGAGAAACAUGAGAAGUUAGAGACGCAGAGAAACUUACCAAUUGACAGUAUGAUAGUUAGAGAGUGUGAGAUGGUGAGAGACAUCAGACGACUAGAGUAUAGUAGAGUUUAGAGACGCAGAGACAGGUUAGAUAGCUAGAGAAACAUAGAAAGUAAGAGACGCACAUGUUAGACAGCUAGAGAGUUAGAGACGCAGACUUUUAGAGAGACGACUAGAGUCUUACUGAAAUUUAGAUAGAUGUCAGAUGACUAGAGUAGGUUAGAGACGCAGACAACAAUUCUGGUCCCCCAAAAAAUUAUUAUGUACAUAAUUUUAUAACACCGGACGGGCGGAACUGAUAAGAAACAAUUUUUUAUCAGCCGGAAAAAAGUUGGAGAAAAAGUUUGAAUCGAUAUUUGCAGCUCGAUUUGUAUGUCGGUGGACUUUUGGAGGAGCCCAAACAGGGCUCAUUGGUCGGCCCCACAUUCUCAUGCAUCAUUGCGCAUCAGAUGAAGAAUCUCCGGGAUGCCGAUCGAUUCUGGUUCGAAAAUCCGGGCGUUUUUACGAACGAGCAAGUUGUGGAGCUGCGCAAAGCGUCGCUGGCUUGGAUUUUGUGCCUGACCGGGGAUAAGUGAGUUUUGGGAGCCCUUGGGAGCCCUUGGGAAGCCUCGGGGAAGCCUCGGGGAAGCCUCGGGGAAGCCUGGAGAGCCCUUGGGAGCCCUUGGGAGCCCUUGAGAGCCCUUGGGAGCCCUUGGGAGCCCUUGGGAGCCCUUGAGAACCCUUGGGAGCCCUUGGGAAACCCCAAGAAACCUCUAAAUUCAUUUUCAGCAUGACAAGUGUUCCGCGUCGAGCGUUUGCCAUCGAGUCCGGAAGCACCGCAGUACCAUGCUCCUCGAUUCCGCAACUCAAUCUUUCCGCGUGGCGGGAGUAA